UCUUGUAUAGAAUAUAAAUUCAAAAUCCGACACUUUUUAAAAAAUAAUUUCGGCGAUUGUCCUGAAAACAGCAUCUUUUAACUAACGAAAUUAAAUCAUCCGGAGAGGUGAAAAUUUUGUUAAAAAUAUCAAUUAAAUAACGUUGCAUUUCAUAACCUAUGCUUCUUGUUUUAUUCUUAAAUUGUGAUUCAAUCCGGUGAUUUAAUACCGACGCCAAACUGUCUCACAGCGGAGAAAAAGACCGAAACCGAGCAGGCAGCAUGCCAGAACCUGUGCAUCAUCAAAUAAACGCUGCUCGCAAAACCUUUCAAACGCUUUACCAAAUCUCAAAGCUAUUAAAUACGAAUUUAGAUCCUACGACAUUAAGUAUAUGUAUACGACUAUGCGAAAACGGCGUAAAUCCAUACGCACUUGCGACGGUCGUAAAAGAACUACAAAGAGAAGUAAGAGCCAUGGAUAGCACAAAUCAACUAGAUCCCCCAACAAGCAAAUCUAGUUUAAAUAAGUAAUCAGUUGUUACAUUUAUCUCGUAAUUUCGAUACGUAUAGAAAUGAACUUUACUAAUCUUCUAUAACUUUUUACACAUAUAUCAAUCGUACGUUAUAAAAGAUGUUAUGAUUUACUACUCUUAGCAAUGAAACGUUCAAUUGUUUUUUAUUAAUCACGAGAUUAUUCAUUGUUACUGUCCACUUUAGUGAUGUUAUUGAUAAACUUAUUGAAUUUGUUAAUAUUUAAUGUGUAUUUCUAACAUUUGUACUUGGUCUAGCGUACAGUUAAUAAAAAUGUAACUGAUAAGUAUUAUUUAUAAGAUUGCGUAUAAAGUAAAUUUAUUUUAUUAUAGAAACAAUA